CAAGACCAUCAGAAUGCGAAUCAGAUCGCUGCUCGGCAAGUCAAGCUAGAGAGUGCCUAUGCUGAUCUCGUGAAGGAAUGCAACAGAAGACGAACACAACUUGUGGAUGCUGGACGAUAUCACCGAUUUGUGCGACAAGUGGAUGAUUUGUCUGACUGGCUUCAUGAUAAGGAGCACCUGGCAUCGUCGGAAGACUAUGGUCGCGAUCUUGAAGACUGCGUACAACUUACAGAGAAGUUUGAGACCGUCGUACGUGAGCUGGCAGCUGCUGGAGAACGAGUAGCUGCUGUACAAAGAGCUCAAGAAGAAUUGCUUAGAAGUGGCCAUCCCUAUGCGGCAUCCAUCCGUGCCAAAGGAACUGAUCUCAACAGUUUGUGGACCUCAGUGAAUGAAGCGGCAACGGAACGACAGCAGGCCUUGGCUGGAGCACGACAGGUGCAUAGAUUCGAUCAGGAAGCCGAUGAGACGCUGAACUGGCUUGGCGACAAGGAAGCAACCGGUGUAGCUAUGGAAAAUGAGGAUCUUGCCCAUGCUGACUUGGCAACGAUCAAGGUGCAAAUGCAGCGCCAUGAUGAAUUUGUACAUGGAAUGAGAGCCGUCGAAAAACAAGUAGCUGAGCUUUGCCGUGAAGCUGAACGCCUAUGGACUGCAUUCCCGAACACUCGCGAACAUCUUGAAGUACGUAAGAUGGACAUGGAAGAACAGUUGAAGGAUAUCUUGGAAGGAACAAGGAGACAUCAAGAGAGGCUACAGCAUAUGGAGAGCCUACAAGCUUAUUUCCAAGAAUAUCGAGAGUUGAUGCAAUGGAUGAAGACCAUGCAAACGAUGAUGACAUCGGAACAACUGCCAAGAGAUGUUGCUGGAUGUGAAGCACUAGCUCGGCGUCAUGAUGAGUAUAACUUGGAAAUGCAGGGUCGCAAAGCUCACAUCGAUGAGUUCAACCGCCAGGGUAAACAAAUGAUCCAGUCAGGGCAUGUACUCUCUCAGGAAAUCAAUGAAAAGGUACGGUAG